AGCAGAUCGCAGGUCAAGAUGUCGGGCAAGGACAGGAUCGAGGUGUUCCCUUCCAGGAUGGCCCAGACCAUCAUGAAGGCUCGGCUGAAAGGAGCACAGACAGGACGGAACCUUCUGAAGAAGAAAUCCGAUGCCUUAACCAUGCGCUUCCGGCAAAUCCUAAAGAAAAUCAUUGAGACCAAGAUGCUCAUGGGAGAGGUAAUGAGGGAAGCUGCUUUCUCACUGGCUGAAGCCAAGUUCACUGCUGGAGACUUCAGCACGACUGUUAUACAGAAUGUGAAUAAAGCUCAGGUGAAAGUGCGGGCAAAGAGAGACAAUGUAGCAGGUGUGACCUUACCAGUGUUUGAGCAUUACCAGGAGGGAGGCGACAGCUAUGAGCUGACGGGUCUCGCCAGAGGUGGGGAACAGCUGGCCAAGCUGAAGAGGAAUUAUGCCAAGGCUGUGGAGCUGCUGGUGGAACUGGCAUCACUGCAGACUUCAUUUGUGACGUUAGACGAAGCCAUUAAAAUCACUAACCGACGUGUCAAUGCCAUAGAACAUGUCAUAAUACCCAAGAUAGAGCGCACCUUGUCCUACAUUGUCACUGAACUCGAUGAGCGCGAGAGGGAGGAGUUCUACAGGCUGAAAAAGAUACAGGAAAAGAAGAAAAUCAUAAGGGAAAAGGCAGAGAAGGAACAAGCCAAAUGGAAAAAAGUAUCGGGCGGCGCCGAACCGGCCAAUCUGCUUGCGGAGGACAGAGAUGAAGAUCUGCUGUUUGAUUAACCCCUCGGUUCAGCCAAUGACAGAUAAAAUGGAAGGUGUAUAUAUAUAAAGUGUUUUAUUUCAUAUUGUCAGCUGACUCUCCAGUAUGGCCGCCCCCAGCCCCUAUGGGGGGUGGAGCGGCCAUACUUCAUACCCAUAAUGCAUCAGUGUGUUACUGGCUCCGGUGAUGUUAUUUAAACUGAUAUUUAAGAGAAACAUACAAAUCUGUGUAUUUUCCCAGUUUCUGGGCCAUUCUAACUUAUUUGUGUGAUUGUUCCGCCCUGUAACAUCCCUGUGCUCCCAUUGGAUGCAAUAAAGUGUCACGUGGA